AUGAUUGUUUUAUCGUUAUAUACAGGAUGACUUGUUUUCGGACUUCUCUGUAAUACAGUUUUCGCUGUUCAGUUCAAUGGCCGUCAACACAAGCCAAGAUGCUGCGAACUGUUUCUCGUCUUUCAACCUACAGCAGCGCCAUCUUAGCUAGCUCAGGACCAGCAGGUUGUCCUAAAAAUGUCUUGAAGCCAACAAUUCUCAAUGGAAAGAGGAUCACUUUACCAUCCAGGCCUGUGUUAUAUCAGCUAAGUACCGGAGCCUCCCCAGUCUACACCUUCACCCCCAGUAUGGUGUCCGGGUUGACAACAAAGAUGUCAGAUUGGAUAUUAAAAUCAGAGCCAAGUCUCUUAGCUGCUCCUGCACCAGCCACCACAACUCAGACACGGUCGGUGGUCAAGUGGUCACUGCAGAAGGGGAAGCGCAAGUCAGUUAAGGCAGUGCUCAAAAGAUUCAAAAGAUUUGAUUGGGGUGGACGCAGCAUUUGGAUACAUGCGCGAUCUGGAGCCAAGAAAAGAAUGUGGAAGAAAUCCCCUUCACAGAGACGUCGAUGCAAGACGCACGUUUUCUGCAACGCUACACAGUCCCAGUUGUUGGAUAAGAUGGUCACACGGUUCUGGAAGAGAAAUCGACACUAUCCCGACGAUCCAUACAAACCAUACAGGAGACGUGAAAACUUCCGCUUAACUGAACGAUACGAGAGAGAAUAUUACUAGGAUCUAUGGUGGUUUUCUCUCCAUGUGAUUAUACUCUUAAUAAUACAGUGAAACUUCUAUUUAACGGACUACAGUAUAUUGGGAGGAAAGUCCUUUAUAUCGAGGGUCAGUUAGAUGUCAGCCCCCCACCCCCAUCUUACUAAUUAUAUAGAGAUGAAAGUGCAUUAUAUCGAUGGUCCAUUGGAUGUGAAACCCACCAUCUAACAGAUUAUAUAUUGAGAGAGAGAAGUUCAUUUUAUGGAAGUUUUCUGUAUUGGUAUUGAUUGUGUUAGAGUCAAAUGGUUAAUGUAAAUAUCUUCUGAGUAAAGUCUUUUAUUAUGUGAA